AUGCGGUCUCUUUCAUGGCUCGUCUCUCUCCCCAUGGUGGCUGAAGCCGGCGAAGUCCUGUGGAGCGGGUUGUUCGACGCAUCCGCGACCGUCGCUGACUUUGACGAAUGGUCGUGGUCGAACCAAGUCGGCGCUUGGCAGUGGUAUAUUCACGGGUCUGCGCCCACAGAAGAGUACCUGGGUCUCUCACCUGAUCACAAGAACCCGGCCGGUACCAGUGAUGAACAGGGGAUUCGGAUCACCAUUGAUGGCACGUCGUUCUGGAAUGGACAAACCAUGGAACGAUCCGAGAUCAUCCCCCAAACCAAGGCAGAUCUCGGUAGCGGGCAUCUGUUCUACCAUUUCUCCCUGAAGACAGAAGACACCAAUGCUCCGAAUCCAGGCUUCGAGCACCAGAUCGGGUUUUUCGAGAGUCAUUUCACAGAGCUCAAAUACGGCGCUAUAAGCGGCACUUCGGGCGAUGACAACACUCUCCGCUGGUGUGUCGGUGGAGUCUCACACUGGGAAACUGAUUUGGAGGCAGGAUCGUGGUACAACUUCGCCUACGACAUUGAUUUCGACGCAAAAACCGUUGGACUGUGGGCGUCGAAUGGAGCCGAUGACCUAACGGAGGUUGUGCCGGCUGUCAGCGCGUCGACUUCGACAAACUCCGCGGAUUGGCAUGUCGGCGAGUUGCGACUCGAUAAUGGGGGCUCGGAUGCGGCUGCGGAGGAUUGGUUUUGGUCUGGCAUCUUUGUGGAGAAGGCUCCGAUCACGGCUGGUAUUGCGGGUCCUGCGUGA